AUGGCCAAGGUGUCACAAAUCCAGUGCCACAUCCUGGUGAUGCGCCAAGAAACCCACCGGGUGUUUGACCCUUCACAAUCCUCCACCUACAAGAGCACAGGGCUGAAUAUGUCCAUCCACUACGGCACUGGCGAGAUGCAGGGGACCGUGGGCUCCGACACCGUCACUGUGGCCUCUCUGGUGGACACCAACCAGCUCUUUGGCCUGAGCACCGCYGAGCCCGGCCAGUUCUUCGUCAACGUCAAAUUCGACGGCAUCCUKGGCUUGGGGUACCCAAACCUGGCUGCUGAUGGGAUCACACCGGUGUUUGACAACCUGGUGAACCAGAGCUUGCUGCAGCAGAACCUCUUCUCUGUCUACCUGUCCCGUGAGGCCACAGGGAGCGUGGUCAUCUUCGGGGCCAUCGAUCAGUCCUACUUCACCGGCCCCAUCAGCUGGAUCCCYGUCUCCUACCAGGGCUACUGGCAGAUCUCCAUGGACAGCAUCAUCGUGAACAGCCAGGAGGUCGCGUGUGCUGGGGGCUGCCAGGCCAUCAUCGACACCGGCACUUCCCUCGUGGCCGGGCCACCCUCGGGCAUCAGGAGCAUCCAGAGCGCAGUCGGGGCCAGGCAGGGCUUGUACGGAGAGGUGAGAGCUCACCCUGGAGGCGUCUGA